CGGAGCAGCAGCCUGGUCUAUUCAUUGCCAAUCUUGACAUGGAACCAGCUCCGCAAGACGAUGCAGGAGAGAGCGAACCUCUUCUCAAGUACGAACGCGUGGGGGGGCACCUCCACACACUACUGCGCGACGACGCGCUGAGCUGCAUCGCGGGCCACAUGAACUUCAUCUGCGUCGGCACGUUCUCGGGCCACGUACUGAUGCUAGAGCUCAACGGUCGAUACAUUCGACGACUGCAUCAGCACCACAAGCGCGUGCACGAGAUCAGCAUCGAUGAAUCAGGCCAGCACAUUGUGUCAUGCUCGGACGACGGCACGGUCGCGGUGUACGCGCUGCUGCCCAUGUCCACCGAGUUGGACGCGUCGCGCGUGGUCAUCCCGACGUCGGGCGGGGAAGUGAACAUCUACAACUUCUACAACGCCGUGUACUCGUCUCAGCUCGAGCCAGGGUACGCCACGAAGCGCGAGCGAAGCUUUGCGUGCGGCGGCAUCUCAGGGCAGUUGAUCGUAAACAAGAAGGGAUGGAUCAUUGACAAGGAGAACACUGUGCACGAAGGCGAAGGGCCCGUGCACUGCAUCCGGUACCAUGACCACCUCCUCGCAUGGGUCAACGACUGGGGCGUCAAGGUGUACGACACGGCCACGGACACCCGCGUCACGUACAUCGAACGGCCGCCCAACUGCCCACCGCUCGAGCUGUGCCGGGCACAUCUGGUAUGGCACACGCUGACCAGUGGGGACUUGGUGCUGCUGGUCGGGUGGGGGCAUACCCUUCGCGUAGUCAAGUUCACGGCAUCCACUUCUUCUACUUCCUCGAACGACGACACAACCACCACGCCACCGGCGACGACGCCACCCUCCAAAGCGACGCCCGCUGUCGUGUUUGGCUCUGCCGCCUUGUCCGCCGAAGUCGUUUCGUACGUAACCUUUGACUUCUUCGUGGCGGGGGUCUCUCCUUGGGGAGACUCGGCCGUGUGCGUCCUGGCGUUCCGCCCGCCAGGCUCGGCCUCUUCUACCCCUCUACCAUCCACCCCUUCAGUCUCUCGGCAAGGCCAGAAAGAGACUGGCGAAGGACUGGUGGAAGCUACGCCGUGCCCCGAGAUGCACGUGAUCGACUGGCGCGGCACCCAGAUGGCCGUGGACAUGCUUCCCCUAAGGGGCUUUGAGAAGCUCCGCGCGACCGACUACCACGCGCUCUGUCUCACAUUCCCACGUCACACUACCAACUCGCCGGUGCUGUUUCUAUGCACCCCAAAAGACGUGGUCGUGUGCCGCGUACGAGACGUCGACGACCGUGUCGCAUAUGCCUUGUCGCAGCGGGCCUAUGAAAACGCGCUCGCGAUCGCAUUGACCGACGUCCCGAGCCUCAAGCGGCAUGCCUUGGACGAGCUGGUCGAGUACUACUUGGGGGAGCUCGUGCUAAGCCAGCAGUACGCGACGGCGGCCGACGUGUGCCGGCGCCUCCUGUCUCCGCACCUGUGGGAGAAGUACGUAUAUGUGUUUGCGCAGAAGGGGCAGCUGUCGGCCAUCGCCAAGUUCAUGCCCACGUCCAACCCGCGGCUGCCCACAAGUCAGUACGAGAUGGUGCUAAAGCAUUUCCUCGACACGGACCCCGCGCAGCUGCUCCAGAUUAUCCGCAAAUGGCCCAAGCCGCGGAUGUCGGAUCGCCGGCCGAGCAGCAAUGGCAAUAGCAAUAGCAAUGGCAAUGGUAUUGUCGCGGCAGAGUACACCAAGACCGCGUCGUUGUUUGAUCCGUUGUACGACUCGAGUGCGUGGAUCUUGCAGCUCGAAACGGUGGUCCGCCGCCGCCGAUUGGCCGAGACGGACGUCGACCGCAUGACGAUGGAGACAUCGUACCUCAUGGAAGCACUAGCCGAACUGUACACAGCCACCGAGCAAUACGACAAUGCAUUGCGCAUCUACUUGAGCCAGGGAUCGUUGUGCACCAACAAAGAUCACGCGUUCAAGCUCAUCGUGGAGCACAACCUGUGGGAUUCGAUCCAAAACAAGGUGGUCAACUUGAUGCUGAUCGACCGCGAGUCGGCGCUGCGGAUGCUCGUGCAUCAGAUCAAGUCGGACCAGCUCAAAGUACACGCGAUUGUCAAGCAAUUGGAGCACAAGAAGGAAUUGCUCCACGAAUAUUUGCACAGUCUUGUGGUGCACCGGUUAGCCGACUACAAUGCCGAGAUGUACGCGUCCUUGCACGAGCUACAGAUUUCGUUGUAUGCAGAGUUUAUGCCGUCGUACUUGGUCAAGUUUUUGCAAACGAGUGCGUUUGUCCCGUUGGAAAAGGCCUAUCAAUUCUGCAGCGAACGGUCGCCGCCAUUGUGGGACGCGAUGAUUUUCAUUUUGGGGCGCAUGGGGCAGCAGAAGAAGGCAUUAGAUUUCAUCCUCACGCAGCUGCAAAACGUCAAGCAAGCCAUCCAAUUUGUGCAGGACAAUGGAGACGAAUUGUGGGACUAUCUGGUCGAAAUCAGCCUCACGAACCGAGGGUACAUUGAAGAGUUGUUGGAAUACGCAAGCGACCACCAAAUCGACCCGAUUAAAAUCAUGCGCAAGAUCCCCGACGACAUGGAAAUCACAGGAUUAAAGGCCAAAGUCCAGCAAAUCAUUGCCAAUUACAGGAUUCAGUUGAGUCUAUGCCACGGGUGUACCAAGGCCUUUGAAGCAGAUCGCGUCGAGUUACUCGGUCGCCUGGUCACCCACCGCCGAAAAGCGCGCCGGGUGAGUCCGGUUACGAGCUGCGGCGUUUGUUUUACGCCCAUGAAACCCAUUCCGAACAAGUCGACGCAUCAGUUUUGCGUGUUUGAGUGCGGCCACACGUACCACAUGGAGUGCUUGGAAGAGAAGAGCAUGCUAUGGAAGCAGCCGCCGCACGACUCGAUGGACUUGCGCUGCUUUCAAUGCGACCACUCGACGCUGCGGAUGGCAGCGCCAACGGCCAGUGGCGCCGCCGCCAAGGGGCUCACGGACCAGCAAUUGGAACUGGCACGACUAACCAUCGCCCAAGGAUAAAUGAGAACAGAAUGAAAAACGACAAUGGACUCUAGUAGUAGUAGUAGAAUAGUAGUCAACCUAACUUGAGUCUGCAACAUGAUUAUUGUGUUAAUACCACA